GACAGCUUCAUCAAUCGUCAUUGACUCGAACACCCGGCAUCACCCACCUACCUUGCGAUACCAAUCUCUGUCCCGAACUCGAAAACACCUACAAACACAGCAUUGAAGUCAUCGAACCCGCGAGGAGAUUCACCCAGCCACCGAACCUGAGCAGCUUGCGAACCCCCUUGCCCGACAGACCUCCAUCGCGGAAAAACAUCACAACCACAUACACAAUGUCUUCAGCCUCUACACAACCAACGGGCCAAGCCCCAGCCCCGGCCCCGACCCCGACUCCCAAAAUCAUCACCAACGCAGCCUGGGCAGGCGUAGUCCUCUGUCCCCUGAUCAUGCUCAUGCCCCCCCGCCGAAUCGACUGGCGCACCUUCAUGCUCUGGACCGGUUUCUCCGCCUCGGGCAACCAGCUCAUCUACGACUACAGCGGCCAGUCCCUCUUCCAGCGCAUGCAGUCCCGCCUCGGCCGCAUGUUCCCCACGACGCUGCCCGAGCAGGCGCAGCGCACCAAGCAGCUCCUGCGCGAGGAGCGGAUGCGCCGCGAGGGGUUGACGGAGGAGCAGAUGCGCGCCAUCGAGUUCAAGAAGCGCAACCUCGCGCAGAGGCUGUGGUACGGCAGCGAGCCCGAGGACUGGGAGGCCAAGAGGGCUGCUGAGCACGCAAAGGCGCUUGCUGAGGGCAAGGGAUUGGGCGAUCUGAUUGCCGAGCAGGUUUCUGAGGUUUGGAGCGGCGCGAAGAAGGAGGAGGCAGAGGAGGGUCAGAAAAACGGUGGCGAGAAGAAGCAAUAAGUGGGGGAGGUUUUGUCGAUGGGAGGUGACGGCCGGUGUAGGAUAUCAAGAACAAGAAACAAUGGCAUUGGAGGGAAAUAUCCGACUCGAGUCUAGGUACACACUGUGGCCAGCAGGAAGUCUAGCAAAAGGCGUUGAGGGUUGCGAUUUGGAGCAUUGAUGGGUUGGUGACAAUCUCCCCUGGCUGUACAUUCCUAUUAUUGAGCACCAUCACACAAGUAAGGUUUGCGUAU